CAUCCUGCCAUAUAAAGAGCGGUGUCUCUAUGGUUCACUUUAGGGCAAGUGUGAGGCGUACGACAGGAAGCUACUGAAUAACUUAAAGAAGAUGUUGAGGCUUCCUCUAUGGCUGUUAGUGGGAGUGUUAGUGUGGGAGUUUGCGUCCUGCUCCAUAACGUGUCCUGACGGGAACAUCUGUUCAGAUUUCUCCACCUGCUGUAUGACUAAGCAUGGAUAUAGCUGCUGUCCAUAUCCAAAUGCUGUGUGUUGCUCUGACUUGGCCCACUGCUGCCCUCAAAGGUAUCGUUGUAAUGAGGUUACCCAGAUGUGCGAGAGAGAGCCGUGGAUGAGCAUACCCAUGGUGAAGAAGGAGGCUGCAAAGGAACCAAGCACUCCUGUUGAAACCCCGCCUCAGGAGCCCAAAAGCAACCUUGUGCCAGACCAAAAGAAGAGCUCAGUUGUCCAUUGUGACAACUAUUACUAUUGCCUUGACGGUCAGACCUGCUGCAGAUACCCAACAGGUGCCUGGUGGUGUUGCCCAUUUAAUAUUGGCAGGUGUUGUCGGGAUGGCUUCCACUGCUGUCAAUAUGGCUAUGACUGUGACUACACUUUCACACACUGUGUGAGGCAAGGCCUGAUAUAUCCAUUCACCCCCAAACACAGUGCUGCUCCAGUUCCUGCCUCUCGCAUUUCAACUUCAGAGGACAAAAGCACCUUGCAAGAGACACCAAUGACAGCUUUGUCAGAAGCCACUGACGGCAUCACUGAUGCUGGAGUCAUCCGCUGUGAUUCCACAUUCUUCUGCUCAGUGGGGAAAUCUUGCUGCAAAGGACCGACAGGACAGUGGAGCUGCUGUCCCUAUGCACUGGGCCAGUGUUGUGCUGAUGGUCAGCACUGCUGUAAGUAUGGAUAUAACUGCGAUCCUACCUCCCUGUCAUGCACAGGAAGGUACUCUCAGAUACCAUCAGGAGAUCAAGAACGCGCCAAAACAGACUGAGGAGGUCAUGCUGUUAAAGUUUUAACACUGUGCCAGCUUUGUCUUUUUUUUUUGAUACACAUUUCAGAUUGAAUCUUAACAAUGCAUCAUCAUCAGAUAUCACCAUGUUGCAUAAGGGGAUAAUAUGCUUACUACUUUAAUUCCAUUUUAUAUAAAUGGCACUGUAUGCUGUAUUGACUUUCAUAUUACUUUUCAGUUACCAGCUUAGCAAGGUUUCAUGCAAAAGCUUGUAUCAAGAAAGACAACGUAUGUCUGAAACAGAAAAUUGAACACUUUUUUAAAAAAAUAAAAAAACGUUUUUU